ACUAACUAAACAAUGGAGGAAGCUUUUGAAAGCGAUGAUAAAAGUUCAGAUACUUUGGAUGAAGAAAAAGGAAUAUUUCAUGUCACUCAAAUAUUACCAGCUGUAGCCGAAGCUGAACUGAUACCAGAUUUACCGGAUGCAGAAACUGUUGAAGAACAAAUUGAACCAGGUGAAGACAGUUGUACGUAUCAAUUAAAGCCGGAUGUAACUAUAAAUCGCCAACAAAUAAAUGUGAAAGCAAAAAGCAUUUUAAAAAAAUUUCUCGCCAAUAAAACAUAUUCCGAAAUCGACAUGAAGGAUUAUUCUCAAAGAAUUUCUGUUGCUCUUCGUGAGGAAUUGAAAAAUAUGGGAUUGAAUCGUUACCGAAUAGUUUGCCAAGUGACAAUUGGAGAAAAAUUGAAUCAAGAUGUAGUGAUGACAUUUCUUUGUUUAUGGAAACAUGAUUUUGAUCAUUAUGUUGUCGCCAACUAUGACAACGAAACAUUUUUUGCUACAGCAGUGAUUUUUAUUGUAUACAAACAGUGAUUAAUAAUGACAUUAAAAUGUGUUACUUGCA